AAGACUAAUAAGGACUUCCUCCCCCCCUUCCCCUUCCAACCUCCCUCAUCAUUCAUCAAUUCAAACAAACAAACCCUUCUUCUUCACUCAUCCCAUUCUUCUUCCCCCACACCCUCAUUUUCUCUCUCCUUCCCCCCAAAAACAAAACAAUGGAAAUCACCUCUAAAUUCAAAGACAGAGAUAAUUCAUCUCCUCUUAACUCCCCCACUAGUUGCAGUAACAGCACCAACAACAACAACAACAACAACAACAGUCUAUCUCCAUUACCCAUUACCAGAUCCGACCCAAAUAGCCCAUACCCAACAACAUUCGUAACAGCAGAUACCACUUCUUUCAAACAAGUUGUCCAAAUGUUAACUGGAUCCUCCGAAAUCACAUCCAACAACAACAACAACAAUAACAACAACAACAACAACAAAAACCACCCAAAACACCAACAACAACCACAACACCACCAUGAAAACAAUCUUUCAAAAACAUUUGUAAUUCCCCCAAUAAAAACAACCCCCAAAAAACAAGGUUUCAAACUCUACGAAAGAAGAAACAGCAUCAAAAACUUAAUUAGUCCAUUAGCAGCAGCAGCAGCAGCACAUAAUAAUAACAACAAUGGUUUCUCUGUAUUAUACUCACCUCGUCAUCAACCAGAGAUUCUUUCCCCUAGUUUACUAGAUUUCCCAUCUUUAACUUUGAGUCCCGUUACACCCUUAGUUGAAGAUCCUUUCGAUAAAUCUUCACCAUCAAUUGGUCGUGGUAUUAUUAAUGCUAAUGCUAGUAACAAUGGAAGUAGUUCUUCAUCAUCUGAAGAAGAAAAAGCUAUUGCUGAAAAAGGAUAUUAUUUUCACCCUUCUCCCAUUUCUACCCCUAGAGAUUCUCAACCUCAGUUACUUCCUCUUUUCCCUCUUUCUUCUCCCAGGUGAGAUAUAUAUUUGAGAUUCAUUUCUCAAAGAUUAUAUAUAUAUAAAUAUAUAUUGUUGUUAUUAUUAUUAUGAUUAUAAUGAUUUCAAUUUUGUGUAGUGAUUUGUAAAACUUUGAUUAUUCCUCACUUUUUAAUGUAAUGUAUGGUGGAUUGGUGGUGGUGUUUCUAUGAGCUAAUAUUUGGGGUUGGGCCCUUUUAUAAUCUAGCGCUCCUGAGUGUCCGUUAGCAGGCUUUAUAUAUAUUUAUGUAGUAGUAUAAUGUGAAUUUUGAUUGAAAAUUGUACAAUGUAAGUCAUGAAAUGAUGAAAUUGUCAUGCACUAGUUUGGAUUUUGUUUUUACUUUGAUAAUAAAGAUCAAUUUGUAUAUUAUA